AUGUCAGGUAUCUGGUCACACCUCACUUGUCCACCUCAACCACCUUUCCCCGUACGUAUCUCUGACGACGUGUUCUUGCCUGUACCCUCACCCACAAGCCUACGAACAUCGUUCUCCGAGCCUUCGCUCAACUUCGAGCUCAAAGGUCUCAAGGUGUUGACUACCGAAGAUGGGGACAAGGACGUUGUCAAAGUGUCUGAGACAAAAAUGAAAAGACGCAGUACCUUACUUAUGACACCUGGGGAGGUACACAAACUUCGAACUCUCUCUUUCGUCCCAUCCCAGAUCGCUCCUACUGGGUCCUCAACCAAAAAAAGAUCUGCUGUGCCGAAAACACCUCAACCUAGAAGAAGAGUAGCUUCAGACAUGUCAACACCAUCGACGUGUUCACGUUAUUCAUCAGAUUCCGACGACACAGAAUACGACACUUGUUCUUCAUCGGUUUCAACUCCUUGCUCCAAGGGGAAAGAAUACAUCUCAUCUCACGAUGCAUCUUCCCCCUGUCCCAUGCAAUCUUCCUCCGAGAUGUUAUCAGAUACUUUCGUUUCAAAAGAGAGAUGUAUCGAAGGAUUACCUAUCAGAAAUUCGAGUGACAAAUUUAGUUACUGGAGAUCACCCAGAAGUACCGCUCAAAAUGGUUCUUCGCCAUUCCACGAAAAAAACGAUAAUGUCAAACGAAGAAGGAUAAGUCAAAUCGAAUGGGAAGGUAUGCCGUGUCCUGAAGAAUUGGUUUCUCCAAGAACCAAACAAAGAAUCAGUGAAUUAGGACAUGGUUUGACUUGGACUUCAUUCAGUUAG